UUUGCAGCCCUGCUCCUUUUGUUGUCGUUUUGUUGAAACUUUAUUCGCGUUAAAUUCCCAUCAAAAUGGCUGAAGAAAUUGAUGACAAUGACUUUUAUCGCGAGAACUUCAGCGCCGACUCGGACUGGGAAGUGUUCAAUGCCCAGCUGGGCGAAAUACUCCAGAAAUGGGACGUCACUGCCAAUGGCGAUGUUGGCAGAUCUCUGAAGCCCGACGAACUCUUUCGCUGCAAGUGGAAGGUGGACAGCGAGACUCUGGACAUGCUAAGCAAUGGCAUUGAGGUGGAGCACUAUCGGGCACAAUUGGAUGUGGAGGAGGAGGACAUUAAGGAGGAGAUAAAGGGGAAUAGCUGCCUGCAGAGAACACAAUGCCAUCUGGAUCUGAUGGGCAGCGGAAACAGCUUUGGUCCGCCCAUACGCAGCAGCUGCAAUGAGCUGCACACCCUGGCCCGAAUUUAUGGCCUCCGGCGCUUCAUUGUCCUGCAUCCGGUCAAGGCCAGCGUCAACUACAUGAAGUCCACGGCGGAGUUCAAUUUCUUUCUGAGUGCCGCUGCUGUUGUGGCCGCAGAGGUGGGAAGUGUUGUGCCCAUCUUUGUGCAGAUCUACGAUCCCAAGUGGAAUUUCUUCACGGGUGUGUCGUUGGCGCCCGCUCUGAGGACCAACUUCCGUUUGAUUGGACUGGAGAAGGCCCCGCCCGAGUGUCGCUACUUGAUGGGUCUGCUGACGCUCUUCAGGGAGAAGGUGCCUGCAUCUUAUCCGCAGUCUGCCAUGGUCUCUGUCUGCACCACUUACGCCCUGGACACGAUGCGCAUUCGAAUGCCCAUGUAUGUGCCCUUCGAUCAUGGCCUCAACUCCGAGGACAUAGUGGUUGCUGGAGAAGUUCUCCACGUGGAUGUGCAACAGUUUUAUGCCCUGCCACAUGGCUAUACGCCCGAAUCGUGCACAGAGAUCUAUUUGGUCUACACCUGGCCGGAGCUGUCCGAGCAUGUGGCCUUCGACAGCGAGCAGAGGACUGACUUUAUACCCUCCAAGGCGCCGCUGGGCAAGGUGUAUCUCUCCGUCGAGGCCUCCUCUUAUCUCUCGUGCUGCCUGAGGGACUACCAGGCUGUGGCCAGCGUCCCACGCUCCCUGGAGUCCUACGUGGGACGCAAUUUCUCGGGAACCAGCAGCGGUGCCGAGGUAAUCAAUCCUUUGGACAAACUAACAGAACACAAGUUGACCAAGCGACGGGAUCGCAAUUAUGAGCUGCCUUCGCAAGCGGGUCUAACGAAGCGUCUGCCCGGCCCAAUGACCGAAAGUGAACUGAGCGAACUGCUGGCCUACAUGUUUCCCGAUAUGCAUCCCGAAAUGGCACUGUUCCCAUAUCUCAAACAGAGUUUCAAGACGAAGUUCGAUCCCAUGCGCAUUAAGAGUGCCGUUCCCGACUCGCUGGUGUGCCGCCUCAGCUGCGUUCUCGCCACCUGCCAUGCCCAUUCGGGCAGCCUUGAGGGCAUGGCCCAACUGUGGGCCGCCUUCACCCGUCAGCUACGCUUGCUGUGGGACAAUUCCCUAGCCGUGCCCGGAAUUGCACCCGGCUUUCCCGACACGCGCACCUGUCUGCUCCACCAGAAGCUGCAAAUGCUCAACGUUUGCGUGGAGCGUCGCGUACAGCGGGAGGCAAACAGCAAACGCAAACAGCACCAGGAGCAGGCACAGGCACAGGUCAUAUCCGAGGAUGAGGAGGAGGACGAGGGCGAGUUCUUUGAUUGCAAUGAGCCGAACUCGGCUGGCUCGGGUUCACCCAUUAAGGCGGUGCUUAGCCUGAAGCCCGAGGGUCGCUCGAGACGGCUGGGCGAUGAGCGUUUGCUGGAUGAGCCCGAGGAGUAUCUGUACAUACCGGAGACACAGGAGCCAGUGCCCAAGACAGAGGACCAGCUGCAGGACGAUGCCGAAGUGAUGCUGAAGCUGGGACCCGGUUCGGGUCUGACCACUCAAAUGAUGUGCACUUCGCUGCUCUCCGACAUGGAGGCCUUCAAGGCGGCCAAUCCUCGAUCGCAAAUGGAGGACUUUAUCAGAUGGUAUAGCCCCAAGGACUGGGAGGAGGUUAAGGGCGAAACGGGCGAAAUCACUCACCAAUUGAGCGUGAGAAUGACCACUGAGGGCAACACCUGGCUAACAGUUUGGCAACAGGCCCAUCCCGUGCCCAUAGCCCGACAGAAGCGACUCUUCGAUGACACCAACGAGGCCCUAAAGGUUCUACACUAUUUGGAGAACCGAAAGAUGCACGAGAUCUACCACCUGACUAUUGUGCCAGUACUCCACUCGAGUAUCCUCAAGCUUAUAGACAUUUUCAGCAAUGCCAAGGUCGAUGAUCUUUUCAGCCCCCAAAUCGAGCAACUCCUGACGGAUCUCUGCCGUCUGUCGCGCUCUCAGUCGGACGAUCUGCCCCCCAUCGGACCUCUUCUGGAUGAUCUGGCCGAGCUGGAGCGCCGCUUCUAUCAGUUCAAGUGCUUUGAGCGGCUCUCGGGCUAUCCCAAGAAGAGUUCCCUGGAACAGGUGAAGCUCCAGUUCCUGGAGAUCCUGCGCAAUGAGAACUGCUGCACGAUCAUCAAUCGCAGGCUGACGGCAGCAGGCGAUGGUGCACUCUAUGACAUAUUGAUACCCAAACUGGAGCACGACAUGACGGAACGUUUGAUCAGCAAGGACUAUAUUAUUAGGCUGGAUGGCGACUCGAAGAGUACGGAGAAGGGUCUGUACUUGGGUCCACAGUUUAUGAGGGCCAUUGUCACGGGCGAAAAACUGAGACUCUGUGGAGCAUUCACGGAGAGCACAGCCUUCGUUUAGGGGCAGGAGUUUGUGUGUGCAGGGAAUGAAAAUUGGUAGAAUCUUUGAAAGAACUUUAAAGUUAAACGACUGAAAGAUACAUUAUUCCACAAUACGCAUUGAAGAUGCAGAUAUAAACCGUUAAACACAAUUAAGAUUAUUUAAUUUAUAAUAUUAAUAUACACUUCCAUAUUUAAUUUGGUUUUGUU